UAUUUAAAUACAAAAUUUGUUUAGUUUGCUUUAAUCCAAUAACGGUUGAAAAAACAAAUAAUUAGCAGCUUAAUCUUGAGAAGAGAUUUUAAGUGCGGGUGUUCGAAAUUUUUCACCGCUGGGAUCGAAAAAUUUAUAGAAAUUACUGGUAACGAUAUCAUUCGAUAUAAUUUUGAUUUCCAUAACCAAUCGAUAUUCACCAUGUCAAGGUUCCUUAGGAGUUUAUCAGGGACAUCGGGAUAUGUCUUGAAAUCCAGAAUAUCACCAUUACCUCAUCAUAACUUAUCUAAAGUUGGUACUCUUCGAUUAUUUAAUACUUCAAGAUUGAAUUAUAAUGAAUCAAAUUCAACUCCAAUUCAACCACCUCAAACUUAUGAAGAAGAAAAAGUUAUCAUAGAUCAAAUCAAUCUGGAAUUGCCGGAAGAAGAUUUAGCUACUAGUGCUAGAAUGAGAAAUAUUGGGAUUUCAGCUCAUAUUGAUUCUGGUAAAACUACAUUUACAGAACGUGUAUUAUAUUAUACCGGUAGAAUCAAAGCUAUUCAUGAAGUUAGAGGUCGUGAUGCGGUUGGAGCUAAAAUGGAUCAUAUGGAUUUAGAAAGAGAAAAAGGGAUUACGAUUCAAUCUGCUGCUACUUAUUGUUCUUGGGAUAAAGAAGGAACCAAUUAUCAUUUUAAUUUAAUUGAUACACCAGGUCAUAUUGAUUUCACUAUUGAAGUGGAAAGAGCUUUAAGAGUUUUAGAUGGUGCUGUAUUGGUUGUUUGUGCUGUUUCAGGAGUUCAAUCUCAAACCGUUACGGUUGAUCGUCAAAUGCGUCGUUAUAAUGUUCCAAGAGUUACUUUUAUUAAUAAAAUGGAUCGUAUGGGAGCUAAUCCAUUCCGAGCCAUUGAACAAAUCAAUUUAAAAUUAAAAACACCUGCUGCUGCUAUCCAAGUUCCAAUCGGUGCUGAAUCUGAAUUAAAAGGGGUAGUGAAUAUCAUUGAUCGUGUUGCUUUAUAUAAUGAAGGACCUCAAGGUGAAACCAUUGCUAAACGUGAAAUUCCCGAAGAUUUAAAAGAAUUAGUGGAAGAAAAGAGAGCAUUAUUAAUUGAAACUUUAGCUGAUGUUGAUGAUGAAAUGGCCGAUAUUUAUUUAGAAGGAGAAGAACCAACUGUUGAACAAAUUAAACAAGCUAUUAGAAGAUCAACUAUUGCUAGAAAAUUCACUCCAGUUUUAAUGGGAUCUGCAUUAGCCAAUAAGGGAGUUCAACCAGUUUUAGAUGCUGUGGUUGAUUAUUUACCUCAACCUAAUGAAAUUUUAAAUACAGGGUUAGAAAUUAAACCUAAUGGUGAAGAAACCCCUAUUAAUUUACUUCCAUCCAGUACGGCUCCAUUUGUUGGGUUAGCUUUUAAAUUAGAAGAAGGUCAAUAUGGUCAAUUAACUUAUAUCAGAGUUUAUCAAGGUAAAUUAAAGAAAGGACAAUACAUGACCCAUAUCAAGACCGGUAAGAAAGUUAAGGUUGCAAGAUUAGUUAGAAUGCAUUCUAAUGAUAUGGAAGAUGUUAGUGAAGUUGGACCUGGUGAAAUCUGUGCUACAUUCGGGAUUGAUUGUGCUUCGGGUGAUACUUUUAUUGGUCAAAAUACCGAUCAACAAAUCGCCAUGAGUUCAAUGUUUGUUCCAGAAGCAGUUAUUUCAUUAUCGAUUGCUCCAAAAUCAAAAGAAAAUGGAGCAUUUUCAAAAGCUAUGAAUAGAUUUCAAAAGGAAGAUCCAACAUUUAGAGUUAAAUUUGAUCCUGAAUCAAAGGAAACUAUUAUUUCUGGUAUGGGGGAAUUACAUUUAGAAAUUUAUGUGGAAAGAAUUAAACGUGAAUAUGGAGUUGAAUGUGUUACUGGUAAACCUCAAGUAUCAUAUAGAGAAUCGAUCACUACUCCAACUACCUUUGAUUAUACUCAUAAGAAACAAUCUGGAGGUUCAGGUCAAUAUGGUAGAGUUAUGGGAGAAUUUAGUCCUGUUGAAGGAACCAAUAAAUUUUCGGAACAUAUUGUUGGAGGUAAGAUUCCUGAAAAGCUUUUAUUAGCGUGUGGUAAAGGAUUUGAAGAUUGUUUAGAAAAGGGGCCAUUAAUUGGUCAUAAAGUGUUGGGAGUUCAUAUGCAUAUUAAUGAUGGUCAAACACAUAUUGUUGAUUCAUCUGAAUUAUCAUUUAGAACUGCUACUCAUGGAGCAUUUAGACAAGCAUUUUUAGAAUCGAAUCCUGUUAUUUUAGAACCAAUUAUGUCAGUUGAUGUUACUGCCCCAAAUGAAUUCCAAGGUGCUGUUGUUGGAUUAGUUAAUAAAUUAGGGGGAAUGAUUUUAGAAACUGAAAAUGGUCAAGAUGAAUUCACAGUUAUUGCUGAAUGUUCAUUAAAUUCAAUGUUUGGAUUUUCAACAUCAUUAAGAGCAUGUACUCAAGGUAAAGGUGAAUUUUCAUUAGAAUUCUGUAAAUAUUCUCCAACUUCACCACAAUUACAAAGAGAAUUAAUUGCUGAAUUUGAAAAGGCUCAAGCUGCUAAAAAGUAAUAGUAGUGGUAGGAGUCAUAAGUAACUUGUAUAUACGUUUGUUAUUUUAAGAACCCAAAAAAUCUGUAUAUAAAAAGAAAAAUAUUAUUAAUAUUAUUAAUAUAAAACACAACGAUAGAGAUAUUAUUACAA